UCCUUUACUAAAUAACCUGUAUAUUUAUAUAUAAAAUAAACACAGGUGACAAAAGUCUUUGAGUUGAUUAAAAAAUGACCACUGCUUUAUUUAUGCUGCCAGAGAACUUUCGCGUUUUAAUUUCGUUAUGGUUUUGUGGUGCGAAUUCUUUUCAGGAUGGAUUUCUGGGAUGGCUGGGAUAUCUGUGGGUCACCCCAUCGAUACGGUGAAAGUUCGGCAACAAAUUGAGACUGGUUCAUUGAUCAGGACUAUUGCAUACAUAAGAAGUCAUGGUGGUAUUUUUGCAUUUUUUCGAGGAAUGGGGGCACCCCUGCUGACCAAUGGCGUCAUCAAUUCUGUCUAUUUCGGAUUUUAUGGUGGAUCCUUGGAUCAAAUUGUCCGAUGGAGAUAUGAACAAGAUUCACAAGAUAAGUCCACGUACGCCCACAAACACGAAGCCUUCUAUUCCGAGCAUUUUGCAGCGGGGUGUAUCGGGGGAUUAGCUCAAUUAUGCAUCGGAUGUCCUGUAGAUUUGGUGAAGGUUCAAUUACAAAGUAGACUUCAAAAGGCAGAAGUGAAAGGUCCAGUAGAUUGCGUUAAACAAAUUAUAAAAACUCACGGUAUUUUUGGGCUGUACAAAGGAAUCGUUCCACAGUUCUUUAGAGAUGUGCCAGCCUCGGGUGGAUACUUUGUGAUUUAUGAAUUUUCAAAGCGAACACUUGGUUCAGGUGACCAGCAGUCUAACAAAUUGGUUCAAUUUGUAGCUGGGGGUAUUGCAGGAAUGUUGUCUUGGUGGUCAAUUUUGCCUUUGGACGUCAUAAAGUCUCGAGUGCAGGGAGACUGUCCUCACAAUCCUCAGUAUAAGGGAAUGAUCCACUGCGCAACCAUAAUUUGGAAGAGUCAAGGGGUUCGAGGUCUGUUCCGAGGGUUCCUACCACUUUCUCUGCGAGCAUUUCUGGUCAAUGGGACCACUUUCUUAGUCUACGAGCAUCUGUUCCAACACUGUAGGGAACAUCACCAUAAAAAUAAUGGGAAUAAUAAUUGUAAUGUGGAAAUUAGUAGCAUUAUGAAUAAUGAUAAUGUGUUUAAUAAAGAUGAUUUCUAGAAAUAUUUUAA